AUGAUCAACUGUUUCAAAGACUCAAUUCAUGUUUUGAUGAGUGUUUUGCUUUCCACUAAUGACGAUGAUGAUCAUGAUGCGCAUGAAGAGGUUGUUGAUCAUGAGGAUGGUCAUCAUGUGAAUGAUGUGUUUAGAGAAGAAGAGGACGAUGGUUUAGUGGAUGGACAGGAAGACGAAGUUCAAAAUGGUGGUGAUACUCUCAUUCUGAGAAGCAGUCUCAGGAGGGCGGAUUCAAAUUCAUCAGAAACUGAGAAGAGGAGAAAGAAGAAGAGGAAGGUACAGUGGGUGGAUAUGGUGGGGAUUCAGGAUCUUGCUGAGAUUCGAGAAUUUGAACCCAGUGAAGAAGAUGAAAUGGACUCUGAUCGGGGGAAAACCUGUGUCUGUGUUAUCCUGUGA